AUGCCGCAUUCAAUCUCCCCCAGUGACUCUCCUCGGAAUGAGGAUGAGACUCUCCCGGAUGCCCCUCCCCCGGAGACCACCACAGAGACCACGGAAAACCAGGACGCCGCCAAUGGAGAGCCCGAAAACUCCAAAGAGAAGCUUGAAGACCUGCUGUUUGACGACGACGAUGAUGAUGAAUACCCCGUGUCCAGUGCCCCGGAAGUCAAAAUGGAAACUGCUGUCUUACCAGCUGCUCCCUCAGCGCCGAAAGUAGAUACAGAUACCAUGCUCGCGUUCUACCAGCGCCUCUUCCCGUUUCGCUAUCUAUUCCAGUGGCUCAACCACGGCAUUGUGCCUUCGCCCGACUUCGGAAACCGGGAGUUUGCUCUGACCCUUCAGAACGAGGCUUAUCUCCGAUACCAAUCAUACGCCACUGCAGACCUAUUCCGGAAAGACAUCCUCCGAAUGAACCCUGCUCGUUUCGAAAUCGGUCCAGUCUACAACACCAAUCCCCGAGACCGGAAAACCCUGCGGGGCGGACAGCUAAAACCGGUAUCCAAGGAACUCGUCUUCGAUAUUGAUUUGACUGAUUACGAUGAUAUCCGUACCUGCUGCGAGAAAGCCAACAUUUGUGAAAAAUGCUGGGUUUUCAUCACGAUGGCGAUCAAGGUGGUUGACAAAGCCUUGCGAGAGGAUUUCGGCUUCCAACAUAUUCUAUGGGUCUACUCAGGUCGCCGUGGUGCCCACGCUUGGGUGUGUGACCCCCGCGCACGCAGUCUGCCGGAUGACCGUCGGCGAGCCAUCGCCGGUUAUCUGGAUCUCAUCCGAGGCGGAACUCAGAGCGGCAAGCGGGUGAAUCUCAAACGUCCUUUGCACCCGCACAUGGCCCGUAGUCUUGAUAUCCUGAAGCCCUACUUUGCGCAGACUACCCUCGGGGAUCUCGACACCUUCGCAGGCCCCGAGCAAACCCAACGCCUCUUAUCGCUUCUCCCCGAUAAAACCCUGAAUGAGGCACUGCGCAAAAAAUGGGAGUCGUCGCCCGAACGACCGAGCACGAGCAAAUGGGCCGAUAUCGAUGCUCUCGCGAAAUCAGGGAAGAGCACCACACUCAACACCUCCACCCUGCUCGACGCGAAGCAAGAUAUUGUUCUAGAGUACACCUAUCCCCGGCUGGACUCGGAAGUCAGCAAAAAACUGAACCACUUGCUCAAGAGUCCCUUCGUCGUUCAUCCUAGCACCGGUCGGGUGUGUGUUCCCAUUGACGCCCGGAAAGCUGAACAGUUUGAUCCGUUCUCCGUUCCCACUGUCACGCAGUUGCUCUCCGAGAUUGAUGCCUGGGAUGCGGAUCAUCCCAAUACCGGUGGGGAGACAACUGAGGUCGAGGGGAGUGCCCCCAACGAUUCGGACGCCAGAGGAAGUCGCAAGCUGCAGGAUUAUGAAAAGACCAGUCUCAAGCCUUACGUGGACUAUUUCCGUUCGUUCGUCGCAGGACUCCUUAAGGAGGAACGUACAGGCAAGCGUGAAAGAAACGACGAGACCACGGAGGUGAAGACAGAAAGUAUGGAGUUUUAG